AUGCACACUUACCAUAAAAAGAAGGUUACGUGUUGCAACAUAAAAUAUGCAAAAUAUAUCGGUUGGCUGUAUAAAGGAAUCACCAAAUUUGGACUGUUUUCAACCGACUCAUUUUCCGAAUGGCUAGGAAAAGUGUUUGAGAAAAAAGUUACCGACAAAAUCAAAGAAACAGGAACGGUUCUACCAGAAAUUAGAAACAAAAAAGAUAUCACUUUCAAACAGGUUUACGAACUUUUUGGUAAAAAGGAGAUCUGUAUAGUUGUGACAGACGUCUGUACACAACCAGAAGAAUACUAUUAUCCCAAAACAACUCCUGAUUUCCCAGUGAGAGAAGCAGUCCGAAUGUCAAUGUCCAUUCCAUUACUUUUUCCACCAAAGAUAUUGAUGCCACCUGUAUGGGACGAGGACGAAUAUUUCAUCGAUGGCGGUGUGCUCUGCAAUUUUCCUCUUCUUUGUUUCGAUGGAUGGCGGCUGUCUAUGGCGGAAGAAGACUCUUUCAUUGCAAGAAUGAGAAGUUCAAAAUCUGAAGACUUAUUGAAUAUGCGGUUUGAUAGAUUUGAUCCGAAAGAUUCUCAACGGUCCAAAACUCUUGGACUUCGUGUGGUAAAUAUAGGAAAAUAUCUCUCUUAAAGAAUCUUAUAGCAAAACAAUGUAAGGAAACUGUUCAUUUACUCAUAGAAAGUAAAUUGUGCAA